AGGUUGCCUUUUGGCCAAUCACACAAAACUCAAGCCACCUUUUUAAAAAAGUUGUUUACUUUUGCUAGAUAUAAAUAAAACUUCUUAUUACAAUUAAUAAUGGAAGUUCUGAGGAAGAAAAUAGAAGCUUGCCUACUUAUAUUAAACAGAAAAAAUAAAGGGGAUAAAAUUUGGUUAAAUGACUUGUGCGCUGCGCUUUUGGAGUUCUCCACGUUGGUGCACAGCUCCAUGUGCUCGGAAAAGCAAAACGAGUCCUCAGAGUUGGUUUGUCUUUGUUUAACCCAGAUUAUGAUUUGCAUUCGCCAAAUGGAAAACACCAUUAAACUGGGUUGUGGCUCCUCAGAUUCUGCCAGCCAUCAAUACUUUCUGGAUCGCAUCUGGUGGUGCCUCAAACGUCUACUGCAUUUAUACACCGAAGGCUCAAGUAAGGAUGCACUUACUCCGGAGCGCUCCUUUCUUAAGUUGGUUGAUUCCAUACUGGACACUUUGUCCCUGUUUACUUCUCACAACGAAGAGAAUACCGAACCCUUAAAUUCUCUUAACUCACCCCAGGAAGUCCUUUCAAUCAGCCAAAAGUUGCGUACCGACAUAGAUUUUGUUCUGGGACAAUCAUUGGGAUUCGCCAAUGUGGCUUUGUCGCAGGAUAAAAAAGCUCUAAGUGCCUUGUGUCAGAAGGUGAUCCGCGAGUGCAAUGUCUUUCAAGAGGAGUGCAAGGUGCCCAGCGCCUCAUACAGCUCAAAUCUUAAGCUACGGGCCAUAAACCUAGAACAGGCACUCUACCAACUGGAGGACUUUAUCAACGAUGCCCUUUUGCGUUUAGUUUUCACGUGCUUCAUGGACUUUGAUAAAUUUUCCGUGGAGAAAAUAAGAAAUCUGCUGAGGAACAGUUCUGAAGAUGAUGAAAUCGCCGAUGAAUUUAUAGCAGACUUUGAUGUGAACAUCGAUCGGGCCACUCAGAUAGGAAUUUUUGCUAUUUCCUUUGCGCCAAACUUAAAAAUGAAAACUAUGAUGCGCAGCUGUUUGGCCUCCUUUGAGUCGCUAGAUACCAUUCUAAUACCUUCUCUUCAGACUCAUGGCACUGAUUUUCACUCGGAAAUCCUAGAACAACAUUUCAACGAGGAGGUAGCCAAAUUCAAGGCGGCGCUUCAGGAGAUAAUAGACAGUCGCUGUCUACUUGGUUGCUGCUUAGAAAUUCUAACGUCUGGGAUUUGUGAUACCGAGAAGCUGUAUGAUAAGCAGCGAUUGGAGGACUUGGUAAAAAUGUGCUUACUGCUCAUUGAGCACUUUCAGCUGGAGGUCAACAGAAAAGUUCUAUCCGAAACGAAGAACCAAGUUGGGGAGGAAUUCUACCAGCAGUUCAUUCGGAUACUUCGCGAGUGCAAGGCCAUUUUAAUGUGCGCAUCCCAGGUGGAGCCGCAGCGUAUUCUCAAGCGCUUUAAGAUCCUGCGCACGAUCUUGCGCAAGCUGCACGGCUGCCUAGGAGCUGGUAAGCAAGAAGAUGAACUGCCCAAUCCGAUAGGACCACUUUUAUUAAACGAAAUAAACGAUACAACGGAAAAUGAACCUCUUACCCAGUUAACACUCCAUCCAGGCAGCAUUCUCUACGACACAGAGCGUAGGAGUAGAGUAAAUAGAAUAAAAGACAACAAUCUAGCCACAAAUACUUUCGACAUAAAAUUACAAAAAACGAAGCCUUAUGGAAAAGGAAAUGUGCUGAGAAGGGAAAGUUUGCGAACUGUUUUGUUUAAGCGGCAGAAUAUUGCAGAAAGUCGAAAGCAAUACACCAUGAUCAGCAACCAAUCCGCUGAUCUGCAAAUCACAGAUAUACUCGACCAACUUACUGGGAUGUCUAAUGGAUAUUUCGAAUUUUGAUGCCUUUUUAGUUUGUACAUAAAUGAAUAAAUUUUUUAGCGUUUAAGUCCGUAUCGUUUAAGAAUCGCGAUUCAAAUUUAACGUAUAUCACCACCACUUGAAUUUCAUAGGUCAGGUUUGAUAUACACACAAACAUGCAUGGUUCUGAUGUGGUGGAGAGAGUUGUUCCCAAAACAGUUUUCACUGUUGUAAAAGUAGAGCAAUAAGUUCAAUAAAAAUACAUAUAAACAAG